AUGGUAGCAACACGUAGAGCAGGUCGUAUAUCUGCAUCUGCUCAGGACUCUUCCACAACUCAACAAGGUGACACGGAGCAGCCUGAACACCAAGAGCAUCUUGAAUCUUCCACUCCAUCUCAAUUAGAACAUCAGCGCGUCAUCGACCAACUUGAGCACUACAAAGUUCUCUUAGAGACUGAGAAAUCUGCCUCGUUGCGGCACAAUAUUGACACUGAGCAGUCACUUAGCGAACAAGAGAGUAAGAUUAAUGAGUUAGAAACUCAAUUAAAGCAGAGUAUCGACAGUCACAAUGAUAUUAUGAAGGAACGCGAUCUGUCUCGCGAGCAAGUUAUUAAACUUAAAAUCCAACAAUCAUCUCAAAACACCGCUGACUCACCGGAAACUCUCCAAAAGAUUAAAGAGUUGGAAGAGUUGAACGCUAAAAGCGCAGAAGAGAAGAGCGAUCUUAUCAAGUUUGUUGAGAGACUCUCUUCCGAUAUUGAAAGACUGGGUGAAGAAGUUGACAGUCUACGUACACGUCUCACUGAAUCUCGUGAGGAGAAUUCAAAGUUGAACAAGGAUCUUCAAGAUGUUAAGUCGUUUGAGACUACAAACAAGUACAAGAUUCAAUCACUUGAACAGGAGAAUCAACUUCUCAAGAGUAAUGAGAAUUGGCUCAACUCUGAACUUAACAAAAAGGCGGAGGAGUUUAGUAUAUACCGUCGUGAAAAGCAUACAGAGUUGACUGAAUCCCAAUCUCAGCUCGAUGUUUUGCAAUCCCAGCUCAACUCACAAACCACACAAUUAUCAGCCCUUCAAUCCACUUACGACAAUCAAGCCAAGAAGCUUUCCGAUGUUCUUGCUAAGUCGGCCCAACUCGAGACCUCUUUGGCUACCACACACGAGGAAUACAAAGCUGAAAUCAACACCCAAAAGCGAGUUGUAGAGUUACUCGAGUCACGUGAAAGUGAAUCUAGAAAACGAGUCGAGGAGGUAAACAAAGAGUUCGAUGUCCUUGUAGCCAAGUCUGAGUCUGAGACUUUGUCACAUAACGAGGAGCUGGCCAGGGAGCGUCAUAGGAAUUUAGAGUUAGAUACUGAGUUGAAUGAGUUACGAGCUCAUGGAUUUAACACAGCUCUUAACACGGGCAACGGUACACCAAUCCCGUCAACACCACAAACUGGACAAUUUGACACUUCAUUCGCACUCUCACCAACAGCUUCGAUUGCCUCAAAAUUCAACAAAGGUAGUAAAUCAUUUACUGAAAUUUACUCCGACUAUGCCAAACUCGAGAAUGAGUUUAACCGCGAAAGAGCUGAGAGACGAAGACUGGAGAGUUGUUUAGCGGAUGUAGUCAGUGAGAUUGAAGAGCGUGCUCCAAUCCUUCAAGAACAACGUAAAGAGUAUGAAAGAAGAAACAAUGAAGCAAAUGGUCUUGCCACCCAACUUGCAGAAUCUAUGGAAGAGAGAGAUGCACUUAAGGCUACAGAAAUGGAAGCUAGAUUGGUGGCUGAAAACGCACAACGCGAAUCAGAAUUACAAUCACAAUCUCUUGUCGAUUUAUCCAGACAAGUGUCCUACCUCACAAGACAAAUUGCAGCUAUUGAAGAUCCAUCACUGCCCACAGACGCCGAACAGGUCGCUCCUGCCUCCGAGCAUCAGUUGGCUGUCGACCAGGCUAUUUCAGACAGACUCGUUCUGUUCGCUUCGACUGAAGAGCUCGUAAAGCAGAACCAAAACCUCUUGAGAGUGUCGAGAGAACUCGGACAUAAACUCGAGCAAGCCGAUUCAGCACAUGAAGCUAAAGUUAAGGAGAAUGAAAAUGAGUCACUGCAAGAGGCUUAUGAAUUAAUUCAGCAGCUCAAGGAUGAAAUGGAAUCUAGUCGUGAGAAAGCCGGUAGCUAUGUCCGAGAGAGAGACAUGUUCAGAAGAUUACUAGCUCAGUCGGGUAAGAACGUUACAAAUAUUGGUCAAGAGGAUGUUGGCAGUGAGAAUCUCAGUCAAUCACAACAAAAAACUCCAGAUUAUGCCGCUCUCAUGGCAGAUCUCCAAGCCAACUUUGAUGCAUACAGGACUGAGAUGGGUUUAGAUACCAAGUCACUGAGAGACGCACUUGCUGCUGCACAACGUGAGACUAGUAGUUUGAAAGUUCAGUUAGCACAAUCCAACGCUCAGAAUAAUUUCCUCAACGAGCGCCACGAGAUGACAAUUGAGAAUCAUAACAUGUCCAAGAUGGAGAUCUCUCAUCUUAGCGCCAACAACCAGAAACUACAGUCUAGUUUAAUUCACGAGCAAAUUAAUAUAAAUAGAGUACAGGAGGAGCUGAUUGGAUUGAAGGGUACGCUCGAUAGAACAGCAAACGAAAAUAGUCAAUUAAGGACUGAAAAGGAAGUGCAUAAGGGUAUAGAAAGUAGAUUACUGGCUGAUAAUGAGUCACUGUCACGCGACAGAGUGCACCUGAAUGACUUGAUGAGGAACCUUCAAUCAAUGCAGUCAGAGUUGGAGAGGUCCUCGAGAGAUAGCAGGAGCAGAUACGACACGCAGAUCGCCAAUCUCGAAGAAAACAUCAAAACGCUUAAAGAGGAUCUCACACAUGAGUCUGAUCAACACAAGCAACUGUCGCUCAGAAGAGAGAUUGAGUCUAAGGAGUAUCAAAAUAGGAUUGAUAAACUCACGAAUGAGCUGCACACGUCCAAAGAGAAUGUCGUGGAGUAUCGAACCACCCGCGACCACCUCCAUGUGCGCGUUGAAGAUCUCACUCAACAGCUCAAGAAUAAGGAGGAGCGUCUGGCGGUUUUUGAGAAUAGGAAUGGUGACUCUACAGAUCUAUCAACUGAACAACAAUUGCAAAUUGAGAUUGCUGAGUUGAGAUCCGAACUCGAAACUACAAAAGCUGAGGUCGGUAAAUCAAAUACACACAUUGAGCAAUUCAAGCAGAUUGCGCAGGCGAAUGAGAAUGCUCUCCAGGAAAUGAAUGAGUCAUACGACAGCUACAAGAUAUCUCAAGAUAAAUUAUUGUCAGAAAAAGAGGCUAUGAUUCGUCAAUUGGAAAACAGAAUGGAGGGAUUAACAGCGCAAAUUGAGCAAGUGCAGGGCGAAAAUGAUGAGUUGCACCAGAAGCUCACUAGUGAAAGAUCUGAAUACGCACACGAGAAGAAGACAUUGGAGGAUCUGCUCGCGGAUCUCAACAACGCACAGGGAGAACAAGAGUCUAGAUUCUCCAAGCUGCGCGAUGAUCGCGACAAACAGACAACCACAGCAAAUGAGAACCACGAGAAAUACCAACGCGAGGUUUUAUUACACGCACAAACGGUCAAUCAGUUGCAGGACACCAAGAAGCAGAUCACCAAUCAUCUCACACAAGCCAAGGAAGCUAAAGAGGGUAGACAAACGGCUGAGGAAGCAUUGAAGCAAGGCGAAGCUAGCUGGGAGUCACAGAAAUCGUUGCUAAGUGUGGAGCAAAGCGAGUUGCGCAAGCGCUACGAUGAGAUAGUCGGGCAGAACGAAGUCUUGCACAAGCACUUAGAAAGUGUGAACAAGAAGGUAUCGGAGGCGUCGAGUGCAACAGCCACAACAGGUGACGCGCAAGUGAAUGUGAAUGUAUCCGAGGGUGAGUCAUCCGGAGACUUACAAUCGGUGAUCAAUUACCUCCGCAAUGAGCGCGAAUACAUCGAUUUACAACUCUCACUCGCCAAGCAGGAGAACACUCGAUUUAAGACUCAGCUUGAGCGUCUUAAUGAGAGCUUGGAUGAGACGAGAGCAUUGCUGACUGAGGAACGCAACAAGAAUGCCCGCGGUGAUGUUUCAGCUGUCCAGCACCAGGAAUUGCUCAGCAAGAUCGAUCAACUUAAUUUACUCAGAGAAAGCAACUCCACACUUCGAUUUGAGAGUCAUAGAAAUAGGAAUAAGGUGCUCGAAUUAGAAACUGCUUUGCAAGCAUCCCAGAAUGUGAUUCAGCCGAUCGAAGAAACAAUUCGUAAUCUACAAGCUGAGCUUUCUGUGUCGAAGAAAGAGGUUGAGCAUUGGAAAGAAGAUGCGGAGAGAUGGCAGAAGCGUAACCAGCAGAUUCUGUCCAAGUAUGAGCGCAUCGAUCCUGCCGAGUUGCAAAAAUACAAAGAUGAUGCGGAGAAGUUGACAACCAGUCUCGACCAAGUUAAAAAGGAGUUGGAAGAAAGCAAUACUAAGGUUCACAAGUUGGAGGAAGACCUUGCCAAGGCCAAAGAACAACACUCAGAUGUCGUACGGAGGUCGAAUGAAAACACUAAAAAGCAAAAAGCUACGACGGACCGUCUCAAAGGCCAAAUUAACGACUUAAACAAUCAGAUGAAUGGUGCCAAUGAGAAGAAUGCCCAAUUCGACAAAAUUACUGAGGAGCUCAACAAACUCAAGACUGAAUAUGGAACUAUCGAAGUUUCUAAAAAAGAGCUUGAGAAGAAGUUGGAGGAGACCGACAAGAGUACUGCAGAUUCUGCAAUGCAUGUUGAUGACGGUGUCGAGAAGGCAAAUCUCGAAAAGGAGCUGACUGAAGUUCGUACCAAGGCCACUGAGGGCGAAAAGUUGGUUGAGGCAUUAAAACUGCAAAUUGCCACUAAAGAAGAGGAGAUUGCAAAGGUUAGAAGCGAGUCGAGCGAGGUAGCUGCAAGUACUUCUGCUGCUGCGGUGCCAGCAGAGAAUGUUGAAAGUGCUGUCGAGACAACUGUUGUUCAAUCUACAGACGCCCAUGCAGCAAGCGGUGAAGUCCAGCAACUGAAGCAAAAGUUGGGCGCUGUUGAGAGUGAGCUUGCCGAUCACAAGGCCAAGGUAUUGUCUUUGCAAGUGACUAUCAAAGAAAAAGAAGGGCAAAUUAAGAAGCAGGUAGAACAAAUUAAAAGACUUGAAAUGAAUAGCAAAGUCAAAGAUAGAUCUUUGGCUGGAAUGAGGGAGCAAGUGGAAAAAGAAAGGCAGAAAAAUACUGGUCAGCCUGUCCAAAAAGAAGCACCAAAAGCACCAAAGCAGCCACAAAAAAAGAAUCAGAAUGAAAAACAGCCUGAGCAGACUGAACAUCAGUCGGAGAAGCAGAAUGAGAAAGUGGCGGUCUACGACAGUAAAGGUGUUGAUGCUAAUGGUAGCGCGGAUGCACAACGAGUUACCCAAACACCGCAGCCAGCACAGCCAGCUCCAGCCUCUCAACCUGCUCAAGCAAAUCCAGCAACUCCAGCAGCUCAAACUAGUCAGCCAGUACAAGCUACGCCGACGCCUGCUCCUGCAGUGACACCUGAGCAUCAGCAAGCACCAGCUGAGAACAUAGAGUAUCAAGACAAUCAAGACAAAGGCAAGCAGGAGCCAAGCAAUGAAAAUCAAGACACGGCACAGACUACAAAAUCUGCACCUUCUGGACCUAGUCAGAUCAGCAUAGCAGGAGCAGCUGGUAAGAAGGCUCCAAUCAAAAAGCUAGAGAGGCAUACCCCUGGCGAUGGGUCGAGGAAAGCAAAAGUAGGACUGUCAGGCCUGGCCGGGAAAAUCUUGCCUACGCAGGGUGGCAGCGGUGCGACACCCCAAAAAAGACAGAGAGAUGAAGAGACUGCGGAGAAGUCUAUAAAAGGCAGCGCCAAAAAAAGUAAAGAGAACGACAAAGAGUAG